AUGGUGGAGUCAGCAUUGGUCGGGCAUCUGCUCGACCCACGCUCUCCACUGAACGUUGAAAGUUUACUGGAUGCCAUCACCGCUCUACUUAUUGACUGUAAAAUUCCGUCUUUAAUGCGUAUUAAAAGCAUAGACAGUUUUAUUUCUAGAUAUCAACAAGUUAUAGAACAAGUAUCGCAACAAAGGUUGAAAGGCUCAGAUUUUCGGUUACUGAAGGUGAUUGGUAGAGGCGCGUUUGGAGAAGUGCAGCUGGUACGGCACACGUUAACGAAUAAUGUCUACGCGAUGAAGUUACUUAACAAGGAUGACAUGAUCAAGCGCUCAGACUCUGCCUUUUUCUGGGAGGAGAGAGACAUAAUGGCUCAUGCGAACUCCGACUGGAUUGUUCGGCUUCACUAUGCCUUUCAAGAUCAAAGAUAUCUCUAUAUGGUCAUGGAGUACAUGCCUGGUGGUGACUUGGUCAAUCUCAUGACAACAUACGACGUACCAGAGAAAUGGACUCGUUUCUAUGCUGCCGAACUUGUAGAAGCGCUUGCUGCUCUACAUUCGAUGGGCUAUAUACACAGAGAUGUUAAACCAGACAACAUGUUGAUCUCUCGAAGUGGUCAUAUUAAACUUGCCGAUUUUGGGACGUGUGUUAAAAUGAAUAAGAACGGAGUAAUCAAGUGUUCGACUGCUGUUGGUACUCCCGAUUACAUCGCACCUGAGAUUCUGCAAAAUCAAGGGAAGGAAGCUGAAUUUGGCACAGAGGUAGAUUGGUGGGCUGUUGGAGUUUUCAUUUACGAAAUGCUGAUUGGCGAAACGCCAUUCUUUGCUGAGGCACUUGUUUCCACGUACUCAAAUAUCAUGGACCACAAAAACAGCCUUCGCUUCCCCGAUGAACCAGCGAUUUCGACUCAUGCGAAGGAUCUUAUUCGAAAGUUCCUCUCCUCGGCUGAUGUUCGGCUAGGAAAAUCAGUGGAUCAAAUAAGGGAACAUCCGUUUUUCAAGAACGACGAGUGGACAUUUGAAACUCUACGAAAUGCCACUCCCCCUGUUAUUCCUGAACUGAAGGGAGAUGAUGAUACAACCCAUUUUGAAGACAUUGAGGCGAAACCGCUGCAGGAGUCUUUCCAGUUGCCGAAAACUUUCAUAGGAAAUCAGUUGCCGUUCAUUGGUUUUACAUAUUCGAAUGAGCUUAGUCCAAUUUUGAAAAUACAAGAAGCUACUGCUGCCUCUGCGAGCACUAGCAGUGUUAUUUCGAAUACGUCUUCUAAGACAAAUGGUGUAUCUGAAAGUGAUUAUGAGGAAGUCACACGGAAACUCAGUGCAGCCAAAACAGCGGCCUCAGAAUCCGAGAAGAAAUUGCGAUCUCAUGCUGAAGAGUUGAGCAGGAAAGAAGAAACGAUCCGCAAAUUAGAGGCAGAGGUAGCAAGAUGUGCCGAAAGCAUGCGCAUUACGGAAUCUGAAAUGAUGCAAAUGCAAGAGCGAGUGCGUCAACUUACCGAGUCAGCAAAUGAUCGUCGAAUGGAACAAGAGCUGAGGGUUCAAAGGGAAGUUGUCAGAAGUUUAGAGGAGAAGCUGUCCAAGGCUCGUGAAGAUGAAGCAGCUGCUAAGGUGGAAACGCGAGAAGUUCUGAAUAAGCUUGCUGAGGAGAAGGAGGCAGCCCGUCGUCAAUCUCUAACUAUUGGGGAUCAGAAACGAGAAAUUGAGACGUUGAGGUCAAAGAUUACCGAUCAAAGUUCGAAAGAAGAUGAGCUUACCAGGAAACUUAAGAAGGCGUUGGAGGACAGAAAGGAAAAUGGAAUCUUUCAGGAGUCUUUAUCACUUGCCAAGCAGUCUGAGAUGGAAAUGGAAAAGAAACUCGAACAAACGUUGAAACAGGUGGAACAGCUUAAACGUGAACUGUAUCAAGAAACGAAGAAAAAAGCCGAGACUCAGACAGAACUCACAAACGUUGCCAAAAAGCUUGCUGGAAGCUCCUCAAAUGAACGAUAUCUUAUUGAGGAAAACACCAAACUGAAGAGGGAUUUGCAUGACUACGAGGUACGAUUAGAAGUGCUGAAACAAGAAAACUGUAGUCUUGAGUAUCGAUUGAGUAACAGUCAGGAGGAACAGAGCAGAGAUCAACAGUGUAUUACGCUGUACCAAAGUGAGAUCAAAAUGGCGCAAGAACAUGCUGAAGACCGCGAGAAAAUGUUAAGAAAUUCCGUAUUGGAGUGGGAGAAAGUUGCCGAUCAAUACAAGAACCUUGCUGAAAAUGAACGCUUGGCUAGGCAGAUUGCUGAAACUAACGUAAGUGAGUUCGAUAAAGAAAAGACCAUGCUCAAGGAGGAAGUCAAGCAGCUGGUAGCCAGACAUGAGAAAGAGAUACAAGCUAAGGACAUGCAAAUAGCUAUUCUAAGCGAACGCGAAUCCGAACUUGAGCUGUCGCGAUCAAUGAACCACCUGAACGAGAAAGCAGCUGAGAUUGAGGAAGCAGAAACUGUGAUUGCCGAUCUCAGAAGAAAGUUGGAUCUCGAGAAGAUGUCCAAGAGAGCUGUCAUUCUGAAAUUGGAGGAAGAGAUGGCGAAACGAGUUGUAGACAAGAAAGGUGGCAAACAGCACAUAACCAGAUCAGAUUUGUUGAAGAAGGAUAGAGAAAUUAUUCAACAACAACAGGAAAAUCGUCGUCUUUUGGCCCGACUAGACGAAGUUUACAGCGAUAGGGAACGAAUGAUGACGGAUAUGACGAGAGAGUUGGAAGAUGAACAACGUGAGAACGAUGCUCUGCGAAUGGAAUUGAGAGAACUUAAAGAGGAGUUGGAUGAGGUGAGACGACGACGUGAUGGUGCGAUCGAUGACACUAGGUCGGUCGACUCUCGUGAUAGUAUCCCACAUACGAUACGCAACCUACCACACUCUGGUUGGGUAUCCAUGAAACCGGAGAAAAGAAGUGCGGGAAGUAGGAAAUUGAAGUGGGUCCAAUACUACGCAGUUCUCAAUCACGUUGCAUUCCAACUUUUCCCUGAUGAAAAGCCUCAUUCCGCAGCGGUAAUGUCCAUAGAUACUCGUCAGUUGUGUCACGUUCGUCUAGUUACAGCCGCUGAUGUUCGUGUAGCAGAUGCUGAACAGAUUCGCAGGAUAUUCCAUAUAAUGUUUGACGACCGUGACAGCGGAUCGACAAGUCGAAAUGCCUCAACGAACGACUUGAGCAUGACAUCAGUAUCACAGAAAGAUGAAUCUUGGAAAAAUCAUGACUUCCAAGAAUUGACAUUCCAUGUAAGCACUUACUGUGACAUUUGUCAUAAAAAUUUAUCGGGAUUAUUGCGACCAGCGCCUGCUUAUGAAUGCAAGAAUUGUCGGCUCAAGAUCCACAAAGACCACAUAACGUCUCCGCAUUUAAGCGCUUGUAAAUAUACCGGUGUUGUUCGGGAAUGGUUGUUGAUGGCCUUAACUCGUGAAGAGUGCAACAUGUGGGUUAGUCUGCUACAACGAGUGAUGGCAUCGCAUGGAUCGAAUCCCAUCUCUCGUGUGUCUUCGAAAAUCCGCCAUCAGCCAUCUAAUAGCCAUUCGGGCAGCAUUAACUAG